AUGCAGCACAGCCUGACCUUGCCUUCGAUUGCCGUAACCCAGACUCGUCCAGUCGCGUCCAUUCUAGAAGGAGCGCAGGAAAGACAGAGUACUAGCGUAGUGCAGUGCAGCGCAGCCAAGCAGCAGACUCGAUUGGACCGUUGGUUUGUGUCCCCAUCAACUCUUCUGAUAGAAGCGGGAGCGAUAUUUCACUUGGCUCGCUGGGCGCUUCUAGACACACUCACGUUGGAUCUUGCAUUUUGGCAGUCGAGCCAACCGGAUGCGCAGGUUGGAACGCACGGUCCUGCCAUGGUGAUCGACCCGGAUUGCCGCUGGAACCUUGUGACCGGAGUGGUCAUCUGCCUGAUUCCUUAG